GCCCCGACUCCCAAGUGUACUCUAAAGAUGGAGGUGUAGUCAUUGAUCAUACUAACUAGACGCUAAUAUCGGUCCCAUGACCCGAAGCCAGGGAUUCUGUGUGAAAGGAACCCGGUAAGUCCAUAGCACAUCCAGGCGAGCCUGGCCAUAAUCGACAUGGAGGCCUAAGAAAAGAGAUGGGUGGUUGGCUUGGUUGGCUCGCCGAUGAGUGGCAUUGAGCAGCCCCCAAAAGUCUCUUCCACUUCCCCAGGGAAGGGAAGGAAGGCAUGCAGCUUGUCCUUUCCUAUGGUGCAGCGUGACUUAUGGGGACGCUGCCAUAGCUCUCAAAGAUAUACAGAGACCGGGAAAAGUCCGGUUGCCGUUCUGGUGAAGGGAAAAGGAGUCGCUUUCUACAUUAUGCACGACGGGGAUCUGCGCAAGUGUGACAGCAUGCGCGAGGCUCAUCAAGCCCAGGCAGGAUUUUGUCAAUCACCCAUUCCUGGAACAGGUCCUCGAGUGUGUCCAAUUAUCUCACACAAUUCGACACAAUCUCCGACAUUGCUACGGCAGAACUUCUGGAAAUGGGGUUCAUAUCAUCGACCCAUAUACGCUUGGGGACGUUGGACUUGCGCCCACUCGUGGCGAAACCCAGACUUACCCAGGACUGACAGCGUUGGAAGAAAAACUCGAAGUAGUUACGAUGUCUAUGCAUAUGUGUCAGUUGGAUUGCUCAAUGAUGAAAAGACCAUAUACCAAAUCGGCUUUUUGAUCAGCGAGCUUGACGAAGUAGGCCCGCUUCGGCUACACGAUGUCGUAUUACGAUCUUUGUAACUACAGCCAUAGUCAAGUCAUGCAGCGACCGCAUGCAGUAUCUCAG